AUGCAAGUAAGAGGAGAAUACAGGGACGAGAUAGAGGAAGAAUCACUUCGGGAUCAGGUACUACGUAUAAAGUGUGACAAGCUGGUGAAUGAGGUGGAUCAAGCGCUGAACACAGCUGCUAGUCUGACGGAUGCCUUAGGACGACGUAGGUCCGAAAGACUGAAGAAGAAACAGGAACAGGAACAGGGAGUAGAUGGACUCCUGUUCCAAGCCCCAUUGACAGUGACCCCUGGACACAGAGACCGUUACAAGCCGUUUACCAUCGGGGACUUACAAUCUAUUGUGGAUAAAUUGCCACCAGUCUCUGAAGGUGGUAAUAUGUGGCUGAGCAAACUUGACUCCCUGACUGCAGGACAGACCCUAGCUCUAGGAGACUUUAGGGCAGUAGCUGCACGAUGUAUGACCCCUGGUGACCUAAGAGAUGUCGAAUAUGAUGCAGGAACCUCUCGGAUACCUGACGAGAAUCCUUUUACAACAAACAGCACCAAAAUAGGCACGGCCAUGCGCACUAAAUUUCCUCUGCCAAACGCUGCAGCCAUGCCCAAAAUGCGCUGGGACUGCAAACAGAACCCACGCGAAUAUAUCAAUGAAGCCAAGGAACUGUGGGUAAAGCACACAGGUUGUUGUCCGGGUAACCAGGGUUCGCAGACCGAAUGGUUCCGGCAGGCAGUGUUGAAAGGUGUUCCUGACACAGCCCAACAAAAAAUGCGUGACAACCCGGACAUGCUGGGCUGUGAGUCCCACGUGUGGGAGAAACACCUUAUACAUUAUCUAACAGCUGCCCAGGACAAAAACCAACAGGAUCAGGAUGAGUUGCAGGAUCUGAAGGCCCAGCUGCUUAAAUUACAACUUAAUGAGGCCAGACAGAAGGUUAGCGAUAAAAAGAAAAACAAAGGAGACCAGCAGGCUAAAUUGCUUAUGGCUACGCAGGUAGAACCUGAAAGCUGGGACAGCGGUAAUGGUCAGGCUUAUCCGGACCUGUACCCCACCCCUCCAUGGGGGCCACAACCAUCGAGAGGGGGAGGUAGACCUUAUAGAGGGAGGGGAGGUUCGCUGAGGGGAGGAUUCCGAGGUAACAUGGGGCGUGGGUCGUACGGAGGGAAUCGUGCUUGUUUCAUCUGCGGUGACCCCAACCAUUGGGUUCGCGACUGCCCCUGCAAACCACGACCACAACGAGGCAGCCCCUACCCGAGAGGAGGGAGAGGAAAUGGACUGCCACAUGCUGUGCAUCAGCCAACACCAAGCGCUACUCAGUUCCCCGCCUGGUAUGAUUUUGAGUGA